AUUCAUUCAAUAUGGGACGUCGUGCGAAGAACAAACAAGGGCCACCCGAGCCUCUAGAGGAUACAUUGGCACAGGCAGGACGGCAUUCGGCGAACAAGCUCGGUAAGCGCAAGGCUGAGGAUGCGAAGGAAGGUCUGAGCAAGAGGCCAGCCAAGAAGGCUCGCGAGAACAAAGAGAAUCCAAAAUCCAAGACUCUUCUCGGGAAGGGCAAGGUAUCCGAAAAGCCAGGAAGGGCUCCUAGCAAAGCAAAGACGAAACGGAAGGAGGACGUUGAGGAAGAGGAAGGUGGGAACAGCGAGGGAUGGGAGGACGUCGAGGGCGACCAGGAUCUAAAAGCACAUGCAAGGUCACUAUUCCACGAUAGCGAUGAUGAUGCAGAGGGAGGUUUCAUCGGUGACUUGGACGAUCUCGAAAUGGCCGGUGCCGACGCGGACGACGAUGAUCUCCUGCAAGGUCCUAUACGAGAGCUCGAUUUGGAUUCUGAUGAUGAUGAGCUCGAGAUCGCCCCCGCCAGGACCAAGGGCAAAAAGUCGAAGCAGCACGAACGCCCCGCGAAAAUCAUCCCCACAGCUUCUGACCAGUCAUCGUCUGAUGAGGAGGAUGAAGAAGACAGUCCUGUUACCUUUGCGAACAUGGAGGCUCGGUCAAAGGCUAUGGACGCAAAAGCAACGCGGGAAGCGGAGCUUGACGCAAAGGAGAUGCGUGAAGCCGAGUUUGCUGGUGCGGAGGACGGCGACUUCGCAGAUGCGGAUGUGGAUGAGGACAUGGAUGGUGAAGACGGCAAGGGCGAGGAAGCAUUCCGUCUGCCUUCAGCGGAGGAAAGGGAGGAAGAAAAGAAGAACGGUGGACCGGAUGUGCAUACAGUACAGCGACGUAUGCGAGAGUGCGUCCGUGUGUUGGGCAACUUCAAAAAGCUGGCAGCCAAAGGUCGAUCACGCUCAGAGUAUGUGCAGCAGCUCAUUUCGGACAUCGCGAGCUAUUAUGGAUACAACGAUUUCCUCGCAGAAAAACUGUUCCAGCUGUUCCCGGUUGCGGAGGCGAUCGAGUUCUUCGAAGCAAACGAGGUCCCCAGGCCGGUGACUAUCCGAACAAAUACCCUCCGCACACGUCGGCGCGAUCUUGCGCAAGCGCUCAUCAACCGGGGCGUCAACCUCGAGCCUAUUGGAAAGUGGACAAAUGUGGGUCUACAGGUGUUCGAGAGUAGCGUGCCAAUCGGGGCGACUCCCGAGUAUCUUGCGGGACACUACAUGCUCCAGGCCGCCUCGUCUUUCCUUCCGGUAAUCGCAUUGUCUCCGCAACCCAACGAGCGGGUACUGGACAUGGCCUCAGCGCCCGGUGGGAAGACGACACAUAUGGCGGCGCUGAUGCAAAACACAGGUGUUGUGUUCGCGAAUGACGCAAACAAAGUGCGGACGAAGAGUCUCACUGCAAACAUACACCGUCUGGGAUGCAAGAAUGUCGUCGUGUGCUCGUAUGACGGCAGAGAGUUCCCGAAGGUGAUAGGUGGCUUUGAUCGAGUACUGCUCGAUGCGCCGUGCAGUGGCACGGGCGUCAUCAGCAAAGACGCUAGCGUGAAGACGAACAAGUCCGAGCGCGAUUUUACCCUCCUCUCGCACCUCCAAAAGCAGCUCAUUCUCUGCGCCAUCGAUAGCGUCGCGCCUGACUCGAAGACCGGCGGGUACCUCGUCUACUCCACAUGCUCCGUGAUGGUCGAGGAGAACGAGGCGGUCGUGGACUACGCGCUGCGCAAGCGGCCGAAUGUGACGCUCGUCGACACGGGCCUCGAGUUCGGGCGCACGGGAUACACCAGGUACCGCGGGAAGGUGUUCAACGAGAAACUAAGCCUCACUCGGCGGUUCUACCCGCACGUGCACAACAUGGACGGGUUCUUCGUCGCGAAGUUUAAAGUCGAGCGACGCACGAAAACGAGGCCGGGCAGGGAGGAUACCGGCAAGGGCAGCGCGGAGGUGGAGGCGGGGGAGCAGAAGGCGUUUGAUAGCGAUGAGGACAGGGCGUACAUGGACAUGGCAGAAAUCAAACGGAAGAGGAUGAAGGCCAAGGGACUGCGUGUCCCUGCGCAGCUCAAGUCCAAGCUGGAACAUGCACCCACUGUCGAGGCUGUUGCAUAGGCCCCGGGCUUGUAUCCUUUAAAUUUCGCAUUAAGAGGGUUUCUAUGAUAUGUAGCGCGUUCGAUCUGGCUCUGCAUACACGCUGCUGGCUGUAAUAGCCAAGACCUCUCGGGGAUCGCCAGCGGCAUAAGGGACCUGUUCGCCGUCACAUGGCGCCGCGUGCGGUGGUUUUCUACCGUAUAUGUAGUCGCUGCUAGUAACCCUCAGACCGCACGGGCUAACGCAGCCGCACGCCGAGUCAGCCCACGCUUAUCGAUUGAAGGU